CAGCUACUCGAGACCUCAAAUUCAAUUUAGAACGAAAUCGAAACCAUUUAAUAUUUAUAUUGAUAUCGGAAUUUGAUUCGGUACAUUUGCAAACGGCGCCUAUUAUGGGCUAUUUGUUGUGAUAUUCGAAGAAUUCUUUCUUUCAAAAAGAAACAUUUUGUGCGACAAAAACAGUGAUUGACAUUUGAUAUAAGUUUUGACUGAAAGGAUUACUCAUUUUACUAGCAGUAUGCCCAAUUGGAGCGUGACCAAUGCUUUUCGCGUGCUCACACGCCGCAAGCCACUGGAGGAUUCCACGGAAUCCAAGUUGGCCAAGGUGCUGUCCGCAUUCGAUUUGACUGCCUUGGGUAUUGGUAGCACCCUGGGAGUGGGUGUCUAUGUGCUGGCUGGUGAGGUGUCCAAGAGUCAUGCAGGUCCUGCGGUGGUGCUGAGUUUCCUCAUUGCUGCCAUCGCCUCGAUCUUUGCGGGUCUCUGCUAUGCCGAGUUUGGAGCACGUGUACCUAAGGCGGGCUCCGCAUACAUCUACAGCUAUGUGACCAUUGGAGAGUUCAUUGCUUUUCUCAUUGGCUGGAAUCUCAUCUUAGAGUACGCAAUCGGUUCCGCGAGUGUCGUCAAAGGGCUGAGCACAUAUCUGGACUCGUUGUGCGGAUAUGCGAUGCGAGACUUUCUCGCUGAGCAUCUGCCCAUGAAUGUCCAGGGUUUGAGUGCGUAUCCGGAUCUGUUUGCCUUCAUUGUCACCAUUCUCUUCUCGUGGGCAAUUGCCUCUGGUGCAAAAGAAUCCACCAGAGUGAAUAACAUAUUCACCAUGCUCAACUUGGGCGUUGUGCUGUUCGUGAUCAUUGCAGGACUCUUCAAGGUUUCCAGCAGCAACUGGAGCAUUCCAAAGUCGCAAGUGCCGGAGGGUUAUGGUAACGGCGGCUUCAUGCCUUACGGCGUCUCUGGCGUCAUUAAAGGCGCCGCAGUCUGUUUCUAUGGCUUCAUUGGCUUCGAUUGCAUUGCCACGGCUGGGGAGGAGGCCAAGAACCCCAAGAAAUCAAUUCCAUUCGCUGUGAUCGUAUCACUGGGCAUGAUCUUUCUUGCCUACUUCGGUGUCUCCACCGUGCUCACCAUGAUGCUGCCGUAUUAUGCCCAGGACGAGAGUGCUCCACUGCCGCAUGUGUUUCGCAUCUAUGGCUGGCAUGUGGCCGAGUAUGUGGUGACUAUUGGUGCCAUGUUUGGACUGUGCGCCAGUCUGAUGGGUGCCAUGUUCCCUCUGCCACGCAUUGUCUUUGCCAUGUCCAACGAUGGACUGUUGUUCAAGUGUCUCGGCGAGAUUAGCACCAAGUACAAGACACCCUUCAAGGGCACCAUGCUCACAGGGUUGUUGUGCGGCAUUCUGGCUGCCAUCUUCAACCUGAGCCAGCUGGUCAACAUGAUGUCCAUUGGUACACUGCUCGCCUACUCCAUGGUGGCCAGUUGUGUGCUCAUGCUGCGCUACGAGGUCGACGAACGUCGUGACAGUCGCAUUCUGGGCAACGGUCGUAUUGCCAUGGGUCAGGAGCAGCCUUGCGCGCUAUGGCGACGUCUGCUCAAUCUCAAUGGUCAGACGAUAUCCACCAGGCAGACAGCGCGCAUUGUCACCGGCACCGUGACAAUGUUCUCCAUUUGGAGCUUUGUAUUCUCGCAAUUUCUGACCAAAUUCGAGGAGGAUUUGGCCAACACCACGCAGUUGGAUGUCUGGCUGCUAAUACUCGCCAGCAUACCUCUCAUACUGAUGCUGUACAUCAUCUCGCGCCAACCCACCUCGGGUGUGCAGCUGUCAUUCAAGGUGCCUCUAGUGCCUUGGGUGCCCGGUGUUUCCAUACUGAUCAACAUCUAUCUGAUGAUCAAACUGGAUAUCUUGACGUGGGUGCGCUUCAGCAUAUGGAUCAGUAUUGGACUGGCGAUCUAUCUGUCGUAUAGCAUACGACACAGUCGUCUACGCCAGCGAGAACAGCGAAACAAUUCCAUUGCCAUGAUGCGGGAUGCCAGCGAUACUGCGCUGCUCAGUCAGGAGCGUUCCAAAUACGGCAACGAAGUGCCGCUGAUAUUGAUGCACAGCUCCUCCUAAGUGCUCUGAUAUUUUGUAUUUUACUGCAAACACAACAAAAGAAAAGAUAUUUGUAUUAAGCCUAAGACUAAGUUGCACUCUUUAUCAUCACACACACAUGCACAAACACACUUCACACACACAGCAUACUUCACUUCACAAGCAACGCUCUCAUAUUUAUUAUGUAUGUGAAUAUACGUAAAUUAUGUCGUGCUCGAAAUGCUUCUACCAUCAUAUUUAAUAAUUAUAAAUAGAAACCAAAAAUUGUUUACAAACUACAGUAAGAAAAGCUUGAAGCAAUAAACUAGUUGAAAAUAGCAUUAAA